UCAACAGACAACAAUCCAGUCUCUCAAAAAUAUCUUCUCUUCAUGUCACGAGUGAAAGAGGGGAUAAGACAGAAAAAAGAUGGACACUAUGAGCUACCACUACAGUUCAAGAAAGACAACCCAGCAGACCUUGCGUCUAAAGAAGCCAGUGCAGCCCAAUUGAAGGACUCAUGUUGGUUGAAGGGACCAGACUUCCUUUGGCAACCAAAUCUGUCAGUCAAACAUAUAAUAGUAAAAGUGGAUGACCCUGACCCAGAACUGCGGAAAGCUCAUGUUCAUACCGUCAAAGCCGAAAACACAAACCCAUUGAUCAGCCGUCAUAGCAAGUUCUCAGCUUGGUCCAGAGCUGUGAAAGCUGUCGCCAGACUGAAGAAAUGCGUCAGGAGACGUAGUGGAGGUCAAGUAUGGACAGACCAAACUACAAAUCUUAAAGAAAGACGUAAAGCAGAGUUCUUCAUCAUCAAGCUCACACAAGAGGAAGCCUUUGCUGAUGACAUAAAGAAAAUCAAAUGCAAUAGAGCUGAAAAACUCGGCAAACGCAACAAGCUCUACCGGCUCAACGCUUACCUUGAUGCAAACAAUAUACUCAGGGUGGGAGGACGGUUGUCGCAGUCAGCCCUUCAUCAUGACGUGAAGCACCCUGCAAUAUUGCCAAGGAAAUCACACGUGUCAGACCUGAUUGUGAAAUAUCACCAUGAGCGUGUAGACCACCAAGGAAGAGGGAUGACAAUGAAUGAGAUACGCGCAAAUGGAAUAUGGAUUCUUGGAUGCGGAAGUAUUGUCUCCUCACACAUUUAUAAGUGCGUCCCAUGCAGAAGGUACAGGAGAACCACAGAAGUCCAACUGAACAGCCCAUCAAGGAACUCACAAAUGAACGACAUUGUGAUUUUAAAGGACGAGUGUACCCCAAGAAAUGAAUGGAAGCUCGCAACAGUAGUCGAAGCUCAGCCUGGAAGAGAUGGCAUGGUGUGCAAGCUGAAACUAGUGCUUAGUGAGACUUCUGUUGACAAGGGCAAACCUCAUACGCGACUGAUUAAUCUAGAAAGACCUAUUCAUAAAAUCGUCACAUUAGUAGAAGCCAAUUAAGACGCACACACAUACAGAUGAUUGAAACUGGUUUUGAUAAAAAUGGAAAAUCCCACAUUUCAGGUCAAUGAGUGAUUUGGUGGGAGUGUAGCUGUUGCUGAGAUUUUGCAUGCUUUAAAUAUGUGUCAUAAAUAAAUAAAUAUUAAUAAAUAAGUUAAUGAUGCAGAGUUAUAAAAUAUUAUUAGAAAAUGUGUGAUUGUAAAAUCUCCUGAGCAAAAUGUAAAUGUAUUGAGUUAAUUGUGUUGCAAAGCGGAACGAUUGUUGUGAUGUUGCGACCCCACGGACAGUAAAUAAGGCAGAACAAGCAAGAGGGGAGGGUGCUUGAGCACGUUGUCUUCAGCUCCUCAAAAGAUUUAAGUGUAUUCGAUUAUUUGUACAAAACUUCAAGCAAGUGAUUAUUAGAACCUCUUUUCGUUACAAGCAGCCAACGAGUUCUCACGGCGUGUUGGCGUGUCGGCGUGUUGGCGUGUUGGCGUGUCGGCGUGUUGGCGUGGAUGGUGUGUACAGCAAGAAGGAGGAGUCAAUAAACGCCCGUUUUACAAAAAAGAACUUUCCUGUGUUGCCGUGUACCGAAA